AUGAGCGCUGGUCCCCACGAGUACGCGUGUAAAACGUGCGGCUACACGUGUACCAGCAAUUCCGACUUUCUAAUGCAUCUUAUCGCGAAAUGUCAAAAGGAAUCUUCGACGUCUUCUGAUGUGAGUCAGACAAAAGAGCUACCUUUACAUCUGAAAGCGCACUCGUACGGUCCGAGAAUACAUUUCACUUGCGAAAUCUGUGGCAGUGGAUUCGCGGUGUCCAACCAGUUGCGCCAGCAUCAGAAACCCUCCUCCAUAGAAUCUCUGUUCGUUUGUGAUCUUUGCGGAGUCACGGCGGUCCGGCAAGUUUGUAUUAAGGUUGGUGAAUGGUCCCGGAAGUUGUGAAGCACAUUGAUUUUCCAGAAACAUCAAAAUUUACAUCACAAGGAUUCGAUCUUCAAUGGAUCUAGCCUUCAACCCAAUUAUUUCAUUUCUUCGGUGAGUUUGUAUGGAUCUUAUUCAUUGUCAAGCCAUUUUUGUUUCAGAAACUCAACCCAGAUGUGAUGAGAUGUCCGUAUUGCCCGCAAAUCUGUACAGACGAGCAAUUAUUCAAGAGCCACUUGCUCUCACACAAAAAGAAAAUCCCUUGCAAGGUCAGGGAGCACUAGCAUUUUUCAAAUAAUCAGUCAAUGUUUCAGGAGCGUCGAAAACAGUACGCGAAUAGUAAAAUGAAAAGAGAAGUGGUGUCAGAAGUGAGUACGCAUCGGCAUUGUCUUAUCUUCAUUCCUUAUUUGCAACGCAAUUCUCUUAUCUCCCGCACGGGCUCUCUUUAUUUGUGCAGGGGGAGGUCUUCUUCUUUCUCUUCUGGUUUUUCCUUGAUAAUUAUUAGUUUCUAACGGCCUAGGACCUGAACCGAAUCUUCCAGAGUGUCAACUUCAACAAGAUCUUCAGUUGGGACCUUCCCCCCUAUUCAUCCAGCACCGCUUCUUCUUCUUCCUCCGGCUCACCCAUGAUCCCUUCCAACUACCCGUUCCCGCCAGUCCAACUUCCACCUGGAUACAUUCCGAACCCUCAACAACGACCUCCAACACAUCCUGCCUUCAAUUUGAUCAAUAUUGGUGCUGGUCCUCAACCUCAACCUGGCUCAUCCAUUCAGGUUUGUCAAAUUUCUUGUAAACUUUGAUUCAACUUCUAGUUUCAGCCGGCACAAACAUUCCACGAUGCAUCUGAAGUGAACAUGGUCCCUGCCAGUCAGAAUGCACCUCCUACCGAGUGGUAUUAUCGGAUUCCAGUGUGCAGACACGGAAACAUUGGACGAUGCUAUGUCUGCCACACUCCUGGCCUCACGGACUUUCUCGAUCGGCCCAGAAACUAA